GUACACCAUCCAACCUCCUGCCCCCAUCAUUCCAGAACCCGUCCAUGUUCAUCCCCGAAGGAUCAUUCCAAACUCCUGACGAAUCCGGACGCACCCUCCAGCCUCAUCGUCUUCGUCACCACUCUCACUGGCCUCUUUGUCAGACACCACGCCGCCGAACCAAAGCGAACGCUAAUGGCGAGCUUCUUCCAGGACGCCCACGUCCCGCAGCAGCGCGUCGUCGAGGGCGUCGCCUUCCCUGCGGUGCUCGUCCCGAGCGGUACCCCGGCGUCCGGCGGCGUCGACGACUUCCUGGAGGCCGUGCGGUCGGAGAGGGCGUCUCGGCUGGAGCCGCUGCUGCGGGCCGCGGGGGCGCUGCUCCUGCGCGGGUUUCCCGCGCGGACCGCCGCCGACUUCGACCGCGCCGUGGAGGCCUUCGGGUACGAGGAGCUGCCGUACGUUGGCGGCGCGGCGCCGCGGACCAACGUAGUGGGCCGGGUGUUCACCGCAAACGAGUCGCCGCCCGACCAGAAGAUCCCCUUCCACCACGAGAUGGCGCAGGUUCCAACAUUUCCAUCCAAACUGUUCUUCUUCUGUGAAGUUGAACCGAAGAGUGGUGGAGAAACACCAAUUGUGUUGAGCCAUUAUGUCUACAAGAGGAUGAAGGAAAAAUUCCCUGAAUUUGUGGAGAAAUUGGAGAAGGACGGAUUAAUAUACACAAGGAUCUUAGGAGAGGGUGACAACCCAUCUUCUCCAAUCGGUCGUGGAUGGCAAUCUACAUUUCUCACUAAAGAUAAAUCCAUGGCCAAGGAAAGGGCUACCAAGCUUGGAAUGAAGCUAGAAUGGACUGACGAUGGAGUUAAAACCAUAAUGGGUCCGAUACCGGCAGUCAAGUGGGACGAAAGCCGGGGCAGGAAGAUAUGGUUCAACAGCAUGGUUGCUGCCUACACCGGGUGGAAGGAUGCUCGUAACGACCCUGUCAAGGCUGUCACGUUCGGCGAUGGUUCGCCCUUGCCCGCCGAUGUCAUAGCCGAAUGUGGGAAGAUCUUGGAAGAGGAAUGUGUUGCCAUUCCAUGGCAGCAAGGUGAUAUCCUCCUGAUCGACAACUGGGCAGUCCUGCACUCGCGGCGGUCGUUUGAGCCUCCACGGCGCAUACUUGCUUCGCUUUGUAAAUGAUAAUAUGCAAGUGUACCAUGAACCAGAGGCAAAGAAUAGGGCUUCAGUAUAUAUGGGUGUAUGCUGAUAUGCAGCUCCUUUGAACUAGGAAUAAUUUCACGCUGUGAGAAGAGGCUUGUACUUCCAAACAGCACGUCGUUAACAAAAGGAAGUACGGAUGUAUUGCUGCUA